AUGGAGCCGCAGCCGGACAGCCGUCGGCGGCGAGCGCAGACCACCCAUGGGUUGGUUGCUUCAUCACGAGAUAAUAAGAAGGGCUCACCCUGCCAGCAAGAUGCUGAUUCUCAGGGAGUUGAAAUACAGAUACCGAGCCUUCCAGAGGACAUCUGGUGUUAUAUACAUUCCCUAAUGCCAAUGCGAUCUGCUGCUCGAGCUGCCUGUGUGUCUCGAGCUUUUCUAUGUUCCUGGAGAUGCCAUCCCAACCUCACUUUCAGUCCCAGGACGCUGAGAUUGAAUAAGAAGAGAUAUUUCUGUAGCAAAGUUGACCAGAUUCUGAAAAGGCACUCAGGCAUUGGUGUCAAGAAACUCAACAUUCAGAUGUGUGAAGGUUACAAUGGUUAUCUCGACAGUUGGCUCCAGGUUGCUGUUAAAUCAGGAAUCGAAGAACUUUCACUUUUAAUGCCAAUGAUAGCAAAAUACAGUUUCCCAUGCUCGCUCUUUUCUAAUGGGAGUGGAGACUCAAUCCGAUACCUAAAAUUUACUGGUUGCUCCUUCCGUCCCACAUCUGAGCUUGGUUGUUUAAGAAGCCUGACAAAACUGCAUCUUUAUCAUGUCAGUUUUACUGGGGAUGAGUUAGGGUGCCUUCUCUCCAAUUCUUUUGCCUUGGAGGUGUUGGGAAUCCGGUAUUGUGAUGGGAUAGGUCGCUUGAAGAUCCCUUGCACGCUGCAGCGCCUAAGGUACCUAGAGGUUUUAGGUUGUUGGAAGCUGGAAAUGAUAGAAAGCAAAGCUCCAAAUAUUUUCAGCUUUGACUACGAAGGAUACCGCACUCAACUGUCACUCGGAGAAGCAUUGCAAAUGAAGGAGCUAAGUUUGUCCUUCUCUGGCGCAGUUCGUUACGUUUGUGUUGAACUUCCCUCCAGCAUGCCAAACCUUAAAGCUGCCACUAUAUCUUCGAGAAGAGAGAUCAUCAAUAGACCAUUGCUGCAUAGCAAAUAUCUCCACCUCAAAAGCCUUACUAUUUUACUUUUCGCUGCAACCUUUCCUCCGGCCUACGAUUAUUUCUCUCUUGUUUCCUUUUUUGAUGGUUGCCCUUCCUUGGAAACUUUGGUCUUGGAUGUAUCCCAGUAUGAAAUGGAACACGUCUCCAUAUUCGCAGAUCCCUCAGAGCUGAGGAAGAUGCAAGGACAGCAGCACCACAAGAUGAAGACAGUGAAGAUCCAAGGAUUCUCGUCAGCAAAGAGUCUUGUUGAGCUAACAUGCCAUAUUGUUGAGGGCAUGACAUCACUUGAAUGCCUUACAUUGGAGACCCAUCAGAGUUCUACUAAGUCCAUUGCCCAUUCAUGUUCUAAAGGAAGCUCAACGAGGGCUCUUGGCCAUCAGGACGUACAUUGA